UCUCCGUCUUGUCCACCUUCUGUUUUUGGCAGUAUGGUCGCAUGCUCUCACACGCGCACCCCUGAAAGCUUUCAUCUCACUGGUUGAGUAUCAUCGACCCCAGGGAUGGCGUUGUCUUUCUAGUGCAGCCUUAUCGGCCCUUCUCUCUCUGUGGUGCUGAAUCUCAAAUUCAUAAUUCGUCCUCUUGAGGUCGUUCUCUUAGUAUCGCCUCUGCACAGCCCGUCAACUCGAGUCGUUGGCAUUGAGAGUCAUUGUUCCUGUGUUUUAACUGUGCCUGAAUAAUUUUGACCGCGUUUGGUUUUAACCAUAAACCCUCGGAACUGCUGAACCGAGGAUAUGUCUGCUUCCCUCUUAUCUCCCUCAAAGAGCCCACUCCAGCCUCCUCUAGACAACAUAUUGGGUUGCCUUUCUGGGAAACUUUGGCGAGGGAACUUUUGCUGGCGCUCUCUCACGCGCAUUACUUGGCGUUCUGGCCGUGGACGCUCCCCGUCUUUUUUCUGGCUCCCAUUGCGUUGAUGGUCCUAUCACAGCACCGCCCAUAUCUUGUCUAGCUGCUGCGUCAAGUCUGGGGAACGAUAACGUUAGCAAGCCCUGGCCGUUGCUUUGGUGCGACUCACUGCACUGUCCUACAGGCGGCAGACACCCCAGUCCUGGUAGUGUCCGCUGGGUUGUCUUGGUCUGGUUCUGCUCUGCUCUUGCCUGUACCGUCCGUUCGAGCGCUCUUCCUUAUUAUUAUACGUACCGAUAGUCAUGGGCGUUUCUGCCCGCCUAUUCAUCCUCCCGUUCUUGAACCUCCAUCUGAGCUCUCCCGCUCGCCACAUUGACGAGUGAUGAAUUCUCGCAUUGGCGACUGAGGACACAGCCGAGGCCUUCGACUCGCCUCAGUCCGUCAUUGACUGCCUUUCAGCUAGCAGACCGGGCCUCUCACGUCCGGCCUGGGCAUCACCGGCGACAUGUUUAACCAUUCAGCAGGCGGGCCUCGCCCUUCCGACAACAAUGAGGAUCCGUCGUAUGGUUUCGCCGACCAAGGCUGGCACAGGUUCACCAUGAACAAUAACAACACAAAUAGUUUCUCGGCGGGAAAUUCGCAAUCAUAUCACGAUGCUGGCGCAUCCUAUGGCGACUCAUCCGGUAUGGAUUGGGCGCCAACUCCGUCGGCAGAAUAUGACAUGCGAUUCGAUCAACACGACCACAUGUCUCAAGAUGUCGAACUCGAUAACAUGAGCUCUUCGCAUGGUGGGGGAGGUGGCGUUGGACGUCUGGUUGCGCAUUUCGAGAACAAAUCCUUUGCGCCCCCUCUACCUCCAAGACCAUCGAACGUCGUAACAAGCCCAGUACAUCAAGAACCUCCCGUUUCCUCGCCGUUCGGAAACUUCAGUGUCACCUCGCCUAUCGUUACAAGUCCGCUCGCCAGUCCUGCAGAGCCCAACUAUGGACUCUUGAGUGGCCAUACAAGAGUCACCAGUCCGAUCGUUAGCCCGCCUCCCGCCCUCGCUUUUGGCGGAUUUCAUGAUAUACCAGUCCACAGUCCAGGUGUUGGUUCGUCGUCCGGUCCUUUCGGAAAUAUGAACAGUUUUAUGGUCAACAACAAUAGAGUGACGACCCCGAUGGAGACAGCAUCCAUGGCUGGGCCUUCAAUGAUGCCAAAUUCUGGCAUGAACGCCAAACUCACCUCACCCGAUUCAGUUACCCCAGGUGUGCCAGGUACACCUGGAUUUGCCAUAUGGCGACCACCCGUACCAACGACUUCUAAGCCCUCCUUGGAUCAACCACAAGGCAGCAGUACUUCCUCAAAUUCUGGUUAUUUCGCAAAACCUCCGAUCCCCUCUACACCUAAACCCGUGAUGAACGCCGGAAGCCAGCUGGUUUUGGAUUUCAAUACCAAUUCCACCUUCAAUGCUAAAGGCAAGGCCCCAGCGAAGCCGCCUGUCAAACCACCCAGGCCCGUUCGACAACCCUCCCGAUCAUCAAUGUCCACACCUGGACCUUUUAGCCCUCCUAUUAAACGUGAACCCUCCACACCACAACUUUCUCAAGCCUCUGCCUCCUCUAUGUUGCCUCCGAAUGAACGAAGAACUUCCGUAUCUCAACGAUCUCAAGUAGGAAGCCGUCCUUCAAGAGAACAGGUCCCGGCUGAGGCAUGGGAAUCCUUCAAGCACACAAUUCGUAAACUGUAUCUUGAGGAAAGGAAACCACUCAAAGAGGUCAUGUCUGUCAUGGCCGACCAGUAUGGCUUCCAGGCAACACCAAAAAUGUACAAGACUCGAUUCUCGCAAUGGGGUUUUGUGAAGAAUAAUACCGAGGAGGAAGUCAAGCGCCUGCUGUCCAUGAAAUUCCAGCGCGACGCCGAGGGCAAGGUGUCCGAAUUCGUUCGUAACGGCAAGGUUGUUAACCUGGGUACCUACUUGAAGAGAAAGGGUGUUACCGAGUAUGACUUGGUGGAUUUCGAACUACCUGCCGAUUUGCCGGCACACAUCAGAUGCAGAACACCAACUCCGCCUCCAGCACCAGGGUAUCUUCAAUCACCAGAUCUCCUCCGGGCUCAAGAAAUCAUCAUCAGCAACAUGAGAAAAGCGUUCUUACAAUGUCGGCAAUUCGAAGUCGAGACGGACGCCCAAGUUGGAUGGCAAACUAUCAUGGUGUGGGGAGCGGGCUCAAGUGACCUUCUUCUCGAGGCUAACCACUAUUUCGAGAUGAAGGACCACGAUCAGGGUGGUCAUUUUCUGAUGAAGGCUUUCCAACAGCUUGAAUCAGAUCUGAAGAAGCUGUCUCCUCAGGGCAUCAAGGAGUUGCUUUUGGGCAUGGUCCAUCGCGAUCCAGGAAUGAUGACGGCACUCUGCAAGUAUUUAGCGGCUUACUCGACGACCAACUUCGAGAGGUCACAUCCCCUACGGCAGAUCUUCUCUUGCCUGUAUGAGGUGCAACAGAAGCAUGGACCAGGCACACUAUCAGAACUGCUGUGGGGAAGCAUUCCAACCAUCGCUGAGGAGCUGGAGGCCAUUUAUGGCCGCAAGCAUCCCUAUGUGGCUCGAACAUGGGUUGACCUGGCCAUGUUUUAUAACCAUGUGAAUCAGGAGCGACUCGAGAAAUUGGUGGGAGAACUGCGACUACUGCAGCGACAAAUGGAGCAAAGACUAGGCCCUGAAAGCGUCGAUGUCCUCGUCCUGCGAUAUACAAUUGUCCAGUUGAUGUUCGCGGCGCACCCUCAAUCUGAUGCGACUAAGCAAGCAACGAUCGACCUCUGGCACCAUAUGAGAGGCAUGGGACUUCUAUUCCCUAUUCGUAGCCAGCAACCGAACAUGUUCUGCUAUCACAGUCCUGUCAAGGUCGAUCCUUGGACGAAGCGCUGUCGGCGUCGAUACGAUUCUGGUGUUCAAUUCCUCGAAGAACAUGUCGGGGUUCGCGUUGUCGUGUACUUCGAGGAGGACUUCCAUACCACGGAGCACGCACCAGAACAUGUUCCUCAUCAGCAGCAUCAACGCCAGCACCAGCAGAGCUACCAAUAUCAGCAUCGGCAGUCGCAGCAGCAGCAACGCCCACAACAGCUCCAAGCACAGGACUCGUGGGCGGCCGCGAUGGAGCAGCACAUGUCGAGCUCAAAAUAUUCGUUCAUCUGAGCAGGAUCUCAGAUCGUUUAUUGUUCUUUGUCCUGAUGCGUAGUAUCAGGAUUCGACGUAUGUAAUUCGACGAAGCCGGUGUUUUCAACAAGUAUUGGUGACGGAGGCGGCUUCAACGACUGCACGAUAUACUACACGUGUUGCCAGUAUGUGUACAUAUCUUGGCACCGAUAACUUUGGAUUUGAUCAUGAUCCCAUUGAUGAGUACACAGCCUGGAGUCUGGUACCGAGCAAGCAUAUAUUUUCUUUGUGGGUUUUAACGUCUCAUGGACCGGCGUUUAUUCUUGGGGUUUUACGUUAGCCAGCACAGCACAGCAGGGUUCGGGGGAAGCGUGCUUGAACAUUUUGGUUUUGGUUGAUUAUGAUAUGACAUCCCCCAUUGUAUAAUAGUAACUGACGCGCCGGGUAUUGAUGAGUCGAGAUGAGGCUGGAUGAUGGCGGAGUUUGGGGAGUCUUCAAAAUGACGGCGCUCUAAAGAGACGGGAUGGCAGAGGUGUGCAUUGAAAAGGCGCAAGGCAGGCGCGAAGGUUAGGAACCUAAGGUUGGAAGGAAGGAAAGGAAGGACAUGAACAAACCCCUCCACAACGAGGGAAGGCGAUACCCUGGGCCAAAAUUACAAGUCGAUACCUUGGUAGUGGAAUCAGGUAAUACAAAUAGACAUUUAUCUACCUUACAAAACAUAUAUAUAUAUAUAUUGUACUUGCUUCCAACAACUGCUUUCG